UCUUGCACAGGAAUCAUUUUUGUCUGCGCGUGUUAUACCCAACACCACACGCAUCCUUCUUUCCAUCAUGACAACUCAUUUCAGCGGCUGCUGAAAUUUUAGGCAUUCAGCACCGUAGAAGCGUCCUUAAAUUAAAUUCACAAAGUAACAUAUGAUAUUCUAUAAAUAAAAGUGGUUAAUUUUUAUAAUCGCACUCAAUUAAAAAAAAAAAAGAAAAGAGAAAAAAGGGGGACAAAAAGAACGAGAAGGUUAAACUAGUUGAUGGAAUCAUCGAUGGCUUCUUCUCCUUCUCCUUCUCUUGAAGAUUUCAGCACCACUUAAUCCUCCGCAUCUAUCGAUUCUCAAUUUGAAAUGGUGGAAUCUGCGUCAUCACUUCCAUGGCUUUGGGCCAUUCAAUCUGUUGCAAGCUGCAAACAAAUCCACAUUUCUAUUUUACAGGCUUUGAUCCGUGCGGCCCCUGUUGCGCGAGCUGAUUUUUGUGGAAAGACAAGGGAAUUGAUUGCUCUUAGAUGUUUGGAGGAAAUUUUCGAUUCUGCUCAUAGAGUUGGUUGUGAUGAAGCUACAUCAGCUAGCCUGGAUUCAAGAGUUCGGUUUGAUUUUUCUAGCAGUUGUGAAGAUGUCCUCCAAAAAAUACUGGAUGAGAUACCAUUACCCAAUUUAGAAAUGGAUGGAGCUAAGCUUUUGAAAUGGAAUGUUUUCCCAUUUAUUAUGCAUAAAAGAGGCACUAUCAAAUGUGACUUACAGCAGCUAAAAGAAUCAAUCGUUGAAGGUACUCAUCCAUAUGCCGAUCAUUUAAGAGACAUUAGUGGAUUGCUACAUCAGAAUGAGAAUACAGUGCAUGUCAAUGACAACGUACGCGAUGAUCUUAGGAAAAGAGAUCAUGGGAAUCACAAUUAUUGUGAAAACAUGGGAGCAAAAGAGAACCCAAUGUUUGCAAUUUUAGAGAAGGUGAAUGAAUCAUCGAAAGAGUCUUUACUUGAUAAGAUUAUACCCUGCAAGAGGAACAGGGCUGAGUCGGCUGAUGAGCAUGUGAUGGGAUACCAACUCGGAAAGCAAGUUGAUAUUAGUGAAUGUGAUGAAGUAAAUGCAAAGAAGAGUAGAUGUAGUUCACUUUUAAAUGUUGAUUCCGACAAAGAGAAGUCAGUCCCUCCCCAUGGAAAACAGGUAAUAGAAAAUCAUACCGACAAGGUUGUCAGGGAAAAUCUGGGAGUAGUGUCUGAAGAGGGUAGUCAUGAUCAGCACCUUGCUUCCAUUCGGUGUAAAUCUAGUAACCAGAAUGAAGUCUCUCAUCGUGAGCCACAAGCUUCAAUCAGUAUGAAGCAUACAUCUGACAUUGAAUACUGUCAGCAACAAAAUGAUGAACCAGUUAAAACAAAAGUUCUGCUCAGAAACGAAGUUCUUCCUGAAAACGGAGACAAUACUGCACAUAAGGCACUCAAUGUAAUUCAUGAAUUGCAAUCUAAAAGAAAAACAGGUGCUCAAGGGAACGAACCUAAUGCUGCAGAUGAUAAAGCUGGUGGGGCAGUGAUAUUAAGUGAUGGUGACGAAUAUCAGAAUGAAAAACUUGGUCUUGCUGCACAAAAGUGCGAAUUAUUGAGCUCUCGCUGCACUUCUGGACAUGAUAUCUCAACAAGUACUAGGCUGACAGAAAAUAAUGUUUGUAUGAAGUGUAAAGAAGGCGGUAAAUUGCUUGUUUGUAGAACAACUACUUGUCCAAUUAUGGUUCAUGAAAGCUGUCUGACUACUUGUCAGAUUGAUGCAGAAGGAAACUUUUUGUGCCCAUUUUGUGUAUAUUAUCAGGCUAUUUCAAGAUGUGUUGAAGCAAAGAAAAAGGCUUCCUUGGCAAGAAAAGAACUUGCAUCUUUUAUAAGGAUAUAAGGUAUCAUAAUCCAUAAUACAACUUCAUGAAGUUAAUAGAAAAGAACAUAGUCCUUGUAGAAAAAAAUCAUACAUAUGAGCAUAUCUGUGAUCAAAAGAGUAGAAAUUGUGCUACCAGGUUCGGUAGACAAAUUACGGAGCUCAUCUAUGCAAGCAUCACAUCAAUAGUUUUAAAAUUGGAAGAGAUCAGCAACAAGCCAAUGCAUCAUGUGCAGAUCAUCAUGCAAUUGAAAAAAAGGCUUAAAUAAAUGACAAGCUAAAAAUGUUCCACUUGUAGAAAAGUGAAUAUUAUGGGCAACAAGAAGAACGUUCACAUGUCUUUGGUGAGCAUUGUUCAUUGAUCCCUUGCUUCCAUUGUUCUGUGUUUAGUGCAUUCAAAUACUUUAUUAGAUUUGGAUGGUUAAACGAGUUGAUUCCUCAUUCGUAUUCUUUCCAUCAUGAGCCCUGCAGUUGCAUGUAAUAUUUCUACAUUACAUAUGUUCAUCUGUUUAUUAAGUUGCGUGCUUUCUCUAUACAGGAGGGAUUGCUUAAGUUUGGUUGUGACCCAAUAAUUCCUUGGAAGAAAUCUUCUACAUUCUGUUCUAAGGUAUUUGAGAAUGAUCAUUAAGAAAUCAGAAACACACACUACACAUGCUGAAGGAUAAAGGGGAAAAGCCUGCAUAGAACUCGCCCAAAAUUGAAAUGACCAGGCUGCUUUUAUUUUUUGAUGGAAUAGGCUUAAUCUUUUUAAUAUUAGUAUAGUUGUUCAUCUUUGUAAGUAUAAUUCUUUCAUUUUUUGUAGCACUCUUCCAAAAGUUGAAAGUUAAAUACUAUAUAUAUAUAUAUAUUGUAAGGUCCAAGCCCAAGCACUAUCUUCGGAAAGCAUGAUAUAAGAAAAGUAGUCUCUACGAUUCCUGGAACUGCAAUGUUGAUUACCGGAAAUAAAAUUCACUAUUUGAUUCCUCUGGCAGAAAAAUGCAAUCUAAUUUGAUUUUUCUUUCCAAACAGUGAAUUUUAUUUCCGGUAAUCAACAUGACAGUUCCAGGAAUCAUAGAGACUACUUUUCCGGAAGAAUUUGAUAAGCGCAGAAUGAUAUUGAAGUGGGUAUAACUAAAGCCUAUUAAUUUGGCCCUUAUCAUCGUCACUCUAUUCAGAAUAUUUCACUUGCUUAGAUUAUGAGUUCGUAUGGGACAAACAAUAAGUAGAUCAUGUUUACCAAAUAUUUGAGUUAUAAAUCUAGUUAACUACUAACAUUGCCAAAAGGUACCAAGUUGAUAGGACAAACACAUUGACUAAUCACAUGGUCAAAUAACUGCUGCACCAAAGUUUUCGCCCAUUUAUACUACUCAGCAGCUAUAGCAUAGAAUAAUGAAUA